AUGGCCACUCCCAAGAGAGACCCAUUAAGCCACGAGAGGGUAUCCAAGUCAAGAGCAUUUAGUGCGUCUAUUCUUACAUUUGUCACUGUUGCAAUUUUCUUAGAACUAGGCUAUCACCUAUUAUGGAGUGCUAAAGUGAUGAUAAAUCAACCAUACGGAAACUUUCUUAAUAACUUGGUAUACGGUCCAGGAUCGUUUUUGGCAAAUGUUGGUUUGAGUACAAAGUUGAUGAGGUAUCUUAAUAAAGUGUUGGUAGAAGAUAAGAUAGAGGCUGAUUAUAAAAAGUACAUAUAG